UGAAUGACGACACUACGCCGACACGUCAAUUUUAACCUCCAAUGAACACCAGUUCAUCGUAAACAAAUCAAGUUUCAAUUCAAUUGAAUUUCACACUCAAAAUGAAGUUCAAUCUCUUGCUUUGGCUGUGCUGCUUUGCAAUUAUCUUAGUUUCGCACGGUAAAAAGGCAGACGAGAAAAACAAGCCAAGUUGGGCCAAGAAAGAUAUACGAGACUUCAAUGAUGCCGAUAUGGAGCGGUUGUUGGAUCAAUGGGAGGAAGAUGAAGAACCACUCGAACCCGAUGAACUUCCCGAGCAUCUUCGUCCAUCGCCACAAAUCGACUUCAAUCAAGUGGACAUGUCAAAUCCAGAAAAUUUGCUGAAACUAACGAAGAAAGGAAAGACGUUGAUGACAUUCGUCAGUGUUAUGGGCAAUCCAACGAGGGAUGAAGCCGAAACGAUAACGAAAUUGUGGCAAACGAGUCUGUGGAACAAUCACAUUCAGGCUGAAAGAUACAUGGUCGAUGACAAUAGAGCAAUAUUCAUGUUCAAGGACGGCGCUCAGGCAUGGGAAGCUAAGGACUUUUUGGUCGAUCAGGAAAAAUGCGAAUCGGUCACGAUUGAGAAUAAGGUUUACAACGGAAAAUAUUCGGGCAAGAAAGAUGAACUGUAGCGACACCGCACUUUGAACGUUCGCGAAAGUUACGUGAUUCCAUUCAAGUCUGAGGUUGACAUUCCCGUUGGGUACUUUUCGAGCGCAAAAUAAAACUCGUUUGAACAGAU